ACCUGUAGAUCAGCAGGCGUGCUUUUGAUUUGUUUUGAUUUGAUUUCGAUGUUGCUCCGGAGAUGCUUUCUGUUUCCGUUUCCCGAAGUCCGGCUGGUGCGCCGGGCUCUGCACAUCGUGCUCCAUCCGGAGAUCCGGCAGGCGCUGCAACACAAAAAGCCGGUGGUGGCCCUGGAAUCCACAAUCAUAACCCACGGAAUGCCGAUGCCGGAAAACGUUCUUACGGCGCUGGCGGUGGAGGAGCAAGUCCGCCUUAACGGGGCUACACCCGCGACCAUUGGGAUUCUGGACGGGCGGAUCAAGGUCGGCCUUACGCCCGAGGAGCUCAACACGCUGGCCAAGAAGCCCAGGGAUCAGGUGAUCAAGUGCUCCCGGAGAGACCUGCCAUUCGUGGUGUCCAGAAAGCAGAGUGGCGGCACCACAGUAGCCGCAACCAUGCUUAUUGCCCACCGCGUGGGAAUCCAGGUGUUCGCCACAGGAGGAAUUGGCGGGGUCCAUCGCGAUGGCCACGAGUCCCUGGAUGUUUCCGCGGACCUCACCGAGCUGGGUCGCACUCCGGUGGCCGUGGUUUGUAGCGGCGUCAAAUCCAUCCUGGACAUUCCCCGAACGCUGGAGUACUUGGAGACGCAAGGCGUGUGUGUGGCCAGUUUCGAGAGUCCCGGUGGCGUGUUUCCGGAUUUCUACACACGAGAUAGCGGAUGUACGGUGCCCUAUAACCUCAAUAGUGCAAAGGAGGCGGCGGAGCUGCUACGAUCCUGGAAGGAACUAAAAAUGGAGUCGGGGCUGCUUAUUGGAGUUCCUAUUCCUGAGGAGUUUGCUGCGGACAAAUCCAAAAUUGAGGACGCAAUCAAGAAAGCAUCUGCCCAAGCCAAGGCCCACGGAGUUUCGGGCAAGGAUGUCACUCCGUUUUUGCUCGCCGCCAUCGCCAAGAUCACCGAAGGAAAGAGCCUCAAAUCCAACAUAGCUCUGAUCAAAAAUAAUGCCAAAGUGGCUGCAAAAAUUGCAGCUUCUCUUUGCGAGGUCUCCACAAAUACCGAAAAUCCAGAGCCAAAAACUUUCGACAGGAAACCUCUGGUUGUGGGAGCUUCGAUUUUGGAUCUCUCUUUUACAGUAGACGACCAUAAUCGCGACAUGAAGCUGGAUGGAGCCACAUACUCAGCAGUCGCUAAACAGGCAGCAGGUGGAGUGGGUCGGAACAUCGCGGAGGGCAUUUACAAACUAUACGGUGAUGUGAACCUGAUUUCCGCCGUGGGCAACGACCAGAUGGGCCAAACGCUGCUCCAGAUGAUGCCAAAGGCGCUGAAGCGGGGUCUAGUCCUGGCGGAUAGCCAUAGUACCUCAUUGUGCUCCCUGAUCUUUGAUAAAUUUGGGGAUUGUAAGCUGAUCCUGGGCAACAUGGAAAUUCACCAGAGUAUUACACCGGAAACCCUUCAGGCGCACCAUCAACUCUUUCGGGAAGCCCCUCUCAUCAUCAUGGAUAGCAACAUCUCGGAGCAGGCGAUGGCCAGCAUUCUGCAUCAGGCCCAAAAAAACAAGAUUCCCGUCUUCUUCGAGCCCACGGAUAUGUUCAUAGCAGGGAAGCCGUUUAAACUGCUGCCAGAGCUGACCAAAAACAUACGCAUGAUAAAACCGAAUCUCGAAGAGUUAAAGACCAUCACGGAGGCUAUAACCGGGCAACCUGUAAACUGGAGUCAAAAUACAAAGCUGCCACAAGCGGACCUCCUGCAACAGGCGAAAUCCAUGAUUAAGAAAAUCGACUGCCACUUCAACUGCAUCAUAGCCACGUUAGGGGACCACGGGGUGCUCCUAAGCUAUCGACAGGAUGCGGACAAUGAUUCCAGACUGCUCUUGGACGUAAGCAAAUCCACGCCGCCCCACUGCACUCGCUUCUAUGCCGCUCCUAUGGUUCACAACAUUGUCAAUGUCUCGGGAGCGGGCGAUAGUUUCUGUGCGGGAUUCAUCACUGCCCUGCUGCGGGGGCGCAUCCUAAAUGAGUGCGUGGCCGCUGGUUUUGUGGCCGCGGAGAAGGCCCUGCAAUCCGAGUCCGCAGUGCCUAGCACCUACUUCUCGAAUCCAGAAACCUUUGAGAGCCGCUACAAGCAAACUGUAAAAAUCAUCCAACAGCAAAGCAUUUAG